UCAUAUUCUCACAGGACAGGACCGGACUACUUCCUAAACCGAAACCUAACAAAUUUCCUACAAACAACAGCACAAAUCGCUCUAUCUCUGUACUUUUCCUAAUCGGCUGCUUGUAUUUUUACCUCUCCACGUAGCCAACUACCUCCUACGCCAUGCUUUCAUCACUCUUCAGACUCACCUCCCUCCGCUCCCGUAAAACCCCUGUUGGGAUUACCUCAUCCUGGUCGAUUUUUCGUCAGAAAUGGAACGGCACGGAGGAGUACGACCACAUUAGGGCUGAAGUGAACUGUCCUCGAUGCUCUAAUCAGAUGCCCGUCCUUUUCUCUAACCGCCCACUCUCCAUCACCGCUAGGGAGCCAGGCCUUUUCCAGGCUCUCAAUCUCUGCCGUAACUGUAAAACGGCCUUCUAUUUCCGGCCCUUUAAGCUGGUUCCCUUGCAAGGGAGCUUCGUGGAGUUGGGGAGGAUCAAAGGGGAUGCGGAGGGGAUCUCGAGGAAAGACCCGGGGGGAAUUCGGAAACUGAAUGAUGAUUGUGAUGGGGACAAGGAUGACGUUUCGGGGAGGUUAGAGAGGGAAUUACCGACCCCGAAGGAAAUUUAUGGGAGGUUGGAUGAAUUUGUCAUCGGCCAACAAAAGGCAAAGAAGGUGUUAUCUGUGGCAGUUUACAACCACUAUAAAAGGAUAUACCAUUCCUCCGAGAAAAACGAGGCAUCUGAAUUGGGUGACAAUGAUGAACAUGUUGCCAAUGAUUUUGUUGAGCUGGAUAAGAGCAAUGUACUGUUAAUAGGUCCCACUGGUUCAGGAAAAACAUUACUUGCAAAGACACUAGCACGCAUUGUGAAUGUACCAGUUGUCAUUGCUGAUGCAACAAGUUUAACACAGGCAAGUUAUGUUGGAGAAGACGUAGAAUCAAUAUUGUAUAAGCUACUUGUGGAAGCAAAGUUUGAUGUUGAAGCUGCUCAACAUGGAAUUGUAUAUAUUGAUGAAGUUGAUAAGAUAACUAAGAAGGCUGAGAGUUCGAAUAUGGGGAGGGAUGUGUCUGGAGAGGGUGUUCAACAAGCAUUGUUAAAAAUGCUGGAAGGAACAAUAGUGAACAUUCCCAUGCCUGAUAAAGGAGCUCGAAGGAAUUCUCAUGGUGAUAGCUUUCAGAUAGAUACAAAAGAUAUACUUUUCAUAUGUGGUGGAGCAUUUAAUGAUUUGGAGAAAACCAUUUCAGAAAGGCGGCAAGAUUCUUCUAUCGGCUUUGGAGCACCUGUCCGUGAAAAUAUGAGGACGAGUCCCUUGAUUACUGCUGCAGUUGCAUCAUCAUUGUUGGAAUCUGUUGAAAGUGAUGAUCUUAUUGCAUAUGGAUUGAUUCCUGAAUUUAUUGGCCGCUUUCCUAUUUUAGUUGGCUUGUCAGCUUUGGAUGAGGACCAACUUGUUGAGGUCCUCAUGAAACCAAAGAAUGCUCUUGGUAAGCAGUACAAGAAAAUGUUUAACAUGAAUGGCGUCAAAUUAUAUUUUACUGAAACUGCAUUGAGAUUGAUUUCAAAGAAGGCAAUGGCUAAGAAUACUGGUGCUCGAGGUUUAAGAGCCAUACUGGAAAGCAUUCUUACAGAAGCUAUGUUUGAGAUUCCAAACAGCAAGAUGGAAUCUCACAGGGUGAAUGCGGUUUUGGUCGAUGAAGAAGCUCUUGGGUCAGUGGAUGAAAGAGGAUGUGGGGCUAAAAUUCUUUAUGCUGAAGAUGAAAUGGAUCGGUUUCUUGCCAAAGAAAAACAUUGAAGGAUUUAGUGACUGCUUGAAGAUGAGGUCGGUUGGUAGGUGAUGUUAUGGGAGAAAAGAGAGGAAGAAGAAGAGACCCAAGUUGUUGGAAAAGUUGGGGGUUCAUUCAACACAACAGUGAUGUCCUGAAUUUGUGAACACUUUUGUAGUAAAAAAAUGUGUAAAUAUACCUAGGCUUAGAUCGAAGUGCUAAAGCUGGAAUGUCAAGUUAGAAAUUUUAGGUCUUGAGCCAGUGGUCUCAAACUCUUUUAGUACGCAAUAAUAAUAAAAUUUGUUGGUACUUGUUUUUUA